GAGAGUUAUGUGAGCGAUGCAGUGACCAGUUUUAGAGCCCAUAAGCCAUGCAGAUCGAAAUUGCGCGCCAAUCAAACACUCACUUCGUGGAGCGAUCCUCCUUUUCCUCGUUCUGGCGAAGAUAUAUCGACCGCGCGACACCACGAUAAAGAACGCGCUCUAACAGCAUCUAGUAUUGAAGCGGAGAAAUAUUUGGAAUGAUAAUUUGAUUACAAGCAUCUACGCUGAAUACCUUCGCAGCUAUUUAGGGGUUGGCCUAAGGGCCAUCAGGAGACGCAAACAAUGACAACCAUCACCGCUGGUGGAAACAAGAUCACCAUCCCCUCAUGGACGACCUCGACAAAUCUAGGCCCACUGCCUACUACUGCCUUUCCAAGCGAUUGCCUCAAUAACUUCUGGAACUUCAAUACACCUGGCCUGGGGAUGCCAUGGACGCAGAUGACACAAGGCUGCGCUGCAAAAACCUGUUGCCCAUCUGGCAAUGUCUACACCGAGCCAUGGGCGUGGAUGACGAGCUACUACUCCCCGGGCGUAUGUCCAUCGCAAUACCGCUCAUGUAGUGGUCCACCGGCCCCAUCAGCCCUGAGCUCUGCUCCUGGCGAGACCAUUGCUUUCUGCUGUCCAACCAACUAUAACUGCCCAAAUACUGUGGGUGAAGGCGGCUUCUUUCAGUAUUGUCAGAGUCUCCUCUCGACACCAACAACCGUGAUAGUGGUUGAUAACAUAUUCGACCAAAAGACUCUCUCCACCUCCUCGUGGACGCCAGCUUCGGGGCUUCCAUCGUCCUGGCAAGCUGUAUAUCCGAUUCAAGUUCGUAUCAGGGCGAACGAGGUGAUUCCGACGGCCACGUCGACUACAGAGACAAACAGCGCCUCGCCAACGGGCACCCAGCCGCCAACAGAGACCAAUUCCAACCCAGCCCAGACGUCUUCAGAUACUUCAUCAUCGUCUAGCUCUUCUACCCCAGUUGGUGCCAUUGUCGGGGGAGUAAUUGGCGGUUUGGCCCUACUAUGCAUCAUCGCAGCCUUUGCGAUAUGGAUGGUCAUCCGCGCCCGCAACCAGAGACGAAACAACCCCCCUCUACCCCCAUACAACCCCCAACAAUCUGGUCCAUACAACAAUGGCGGAGGAGCUGGUCCUAUUCUAGGUGGCAUACCCGACAAAGGCGUCAUUCAGCCACUGCUCGGAUAUAGACCACCCGAGCUUCAAAACCAAGCAAUCGUACACGGUCCAUCCGAGCUUCAAAAUCAGGCAAUUAUACAAGGACCACCUGAACUUCAAGGCCAGGCAGUUGCACAAGGCCCACUAGAGCUUCAAAAUCAAGCAAUCGUACAAGGCCCACCCGAACUUCAAGGGCAGACGGUAGCACAGGGCCCACUAGAGCUUCAAAACCAAGCAAUAUCUCAGUUGCACAGCCAACACAGGGUCCCAGAGCUCUCAGAAGCUCCCUCAUCGGCACCACCUCCGCAACACAUUCAAGGGCAGUGGCAGUUCCAACCACAGAUGCAGGAGAUGUGGGCGCCUAUUGUACCACCUAAUUCGAACCCGCAAGGUUCACAUUCUGCUUAG